AUGCCCGAUGGAACUGAGCGUCCUAUAGGAUAUGUUUCACGUUCACUCAACCCAGCUGAGCGGAACUAUUCAACCAUUGACAAGGAGGCACUGGCGAUGAUCGUUGGGGUGAAAAAAUUCCAUCAGUUUUUAUAUGGCAAGAGAUUUACCAUUCGAACUGACCACAAGCCACUCGAAGGUCUAUUUGGAGAGAAGAAGGGGAUCUCAGCACAGGCAUCACCCAGAGUUCAACGAUGGGCACUAACGCUUGCUGCGUAUGAAUAUGACAUACAUGUACAGUAUAAAGCAGGAACAAUGAACGGGAAUGCUGAUGCAUUAAGUCGAUUACCACUCCCAGAAAUGCUGGAGGAAACGCCCAUACCCGGAGACACUAUAAAGCUCAUGGAACUUCUGGAAGCAAUUCCUUUGCAUUCUGGCCAAAUUCGUGAUUGGACAAGACGAGAUCCAGUACUUUCCAAGGUUCAUCAGUGUGCCCUUGGAAAUUGGCCGAACAUUACCUGUCCUAGCAAAGAAUUACAACCUUAUUUCAAUCGGAGAACAGAAAUAAGUGUGGAAGAUGGCUAUGGAACGCCAUGUGUCCAAAAAUUAUUUAACGUUAAUUAUAUCAUAUCAUGACUAAAACUGUCAUUAUAUAUAAAUAAUUGAUAAACGAACAGAUAUUAUAUCAAAUCAUGACUUAUUCGUUUUUGUCAUUAUUUGAUAUAAUGUUAUCAACAUUAAGCAUUAUAUCAUAUCAUGAACUUUCGAAAAGUCAUGAUAUGAUAUCAUGACAUUUGGACAAAAUCAUUAUAUGAUAUGAAUCAUAACGUUUCGACAAAAUCAUUAUAUGAUAUCAUAAGCAUUUGUGUAAGUCCUGAUUUUAUAUAAUGCUAAUGCGUUAAACUAUGAUAUCAAAUAAUGAAUUUUCAGUUGAUUCAUGAUAUGAUAUCAUGUAAAGGAACUUUUUCAUUAUAUCAUAUAAUGAAACAGCGCCGAAAAGUCAUUAUUUGAUAUAAUGCAAUAGCGUAGUGCGCCAUCUGUCCAAAAAUUAAAACUGUCCAAAAAUCAAUUAACCUUAUAAUAACUCAAACGUCCGGUAACUUAAAACCUCCAGUUCAUGGACCGAAGGCUAUACAAACAAAUCUCUUCGAUUACGAUCGAUGUUCCUCCGUUUUGCGCUUUCAGCAGCUAAGAAUUGUGCUUGCAUUCGAUUUUUUUAACUUAAAAAGGCUGGAUUAUGGCGAGUGAUGAACGUUGCUGGGAAGACGCAAUAACUAUAGAGCCUUGCAAGGAGCAGUUUGGUCCGUAUUAACACACAGAGGGCCAUUGCAUUUAAUAUCCAUCCCCCCUCUAUGGAUGAGGUCAGUAAGAUUUUAACUUCUAAGAAAAAAAGAUCAAAGUGCCGACACAAAACCCUCUUCAGAAAUUUGUAAAUUUUCCCCUUACGCCUCAGAAAAAUCGCAGACAUCAAAAGAUGCCGACAGGCUUAACCUCUCAGAAACGACUUUUGGGUCACCGCUGGACAUUAAAAGGGAAUGCCCCCAGAGGACCGGACCAAUUCUCGUCGCCGGUAUAAAGCUCGACCAGCACAAGUUUAAGUUGAAACGUUAUAGACCAGGUUUGUAUGACCUACAUAGUCGGUUUCAAAUAAGUACUGAGGCAUUAAGCUUUACUUUGAAUAUUUAUCGAUAUCUUACUUUACAUAAAGGCCGCAGAGAAUUAUACUCAGAAUAGUAUAGAAUAGCACCUUGAGCUAUUGCUAUAAAUAACCGUGGUGGCAAUCAUAUAAUAAAACUAAUAUUAAUAAUAAUAAUAGCCGGCAAACUUUGCGAACGACUUGCCCCACUAAAUGUCGAGGGCAGUGUUGUUUGCUCUGGUUGUUUUCUGUUUAUAUUAUGGUUGCCACUACGGAUGUUUAUAGCUCCUGUGCUAUUCUGAGUAUAAUUUUCUGCGGCCUUUAUGUAAAAUAAGAUAUUGAUAAAUAUUCAUAAAGGUAAAGCUUAAUGCCUCAGUACUUAUACGAAACACUAUGUAGGUCAUACAGACCUGGUUUGUAACGGCGGCGAGAAUUGGUUUGGUGUGGACGCGGUCGCCACUCGCAAUAAUCAAGCAUUUUUAAAUUAAAAAAAUCGACUGCAAGCAGGAUUCUUAGCUGCUGAAAGCGAAAAACGGAGGAAGAUUGAUCGUAAUCGAAGAGAUUUGUCCCAUGAAACGGAGGUUUUAAGUUACCGGACGUUUGAGUUAUUAUAAGGUUAAUUGAUUUUUGGACAGUUUUAAUUUUUGGACAGAUGGCGCACUACGCUAUUGCAUUAUAUCAAAUAAUGACUUUUCGGCGCUGCUUCAUUAUAUGAUAUAAUGAAAAAGUUCCUUUACAUGAUAUCAUAUCAUGAAUCAACUGAAAAGUCAUUAUUUGAUAUCAUAGUUUAACGCAUUAGCAUUAUAUCAAAUCAGGACUUACACAAAUGCUUAUGAUAUCAUAUAAUGAUUUUGUCGAAAAGUCAUGAUAUGAUAUAAUGAUUUUGUCGAAAUGUCAUGAUAUCAUAUCAUGACUUUUCGAAAGUUCAUGAUAUGAUAUAAUGCUUAAUGUUGAUAACAUUAUAUCAAAUUAUGACAAAAACGAAUAAGUCAUGAUUUGAUAUAAUGUCUGUUCGUUUAUCAAUUAUUUAUAUAUAAUGACAGUUUUAGUCAUGAUAUGAUAUAAUUAACGUUAAAUAAUUUUUGGACACAUGGCGUUCCAUAGAUGGCUGCCUGUUAUGGGGAACAAGAGUAAUUGUACCUCCGAAAGGUAGAGCACAGGUGUUAGCGGUAUUGCACGAGGCUCAUCCAGGAAUUUCCAGAACUAAAUCUUUGGCUCUUAGUUAUGUUUGGUGGCCGGGACUAGACCAAGAAAUUGAAGAACAGGUGAAGCAGUGUGGAAGAUGUCAGCAGAAUCAGAAGACACCAGCAGAGGCACCACUGCAUCCCUGGGAAUGGCCAGGCCAGCCAUGGUCACGAGUUCAUAUAGAUUAUGCUGGACCGUACAAAGGAGAAAUGUUCUUUGUGCUAAUAGACGCCUAUUCAAAGUGGUUGGAAAUACACGUGAUGAAAUCAACUACUUCUACAGCUACAAUCGAAAAGUUAAGAGAAAUCUUUGCGACCCAUGGAUUACCCAAGACAGUCGUGAGUGACAGUGGGACUAACUUUUCAAGCGGUGAAUUUGAGUAG